GUUGGGUGUCACCGUUCGUUCGUGUUUCAUCUCGCGAAUUCGCCCGCAUUUAAUUAAUAUAUUUGUAAUGAAUUUCGAGGAUGAAAAUUGCGCUGCCGUCUAGAUAGGAAGAUCAUUUCGUGUGUAAAAGCAUCGAUAAUUCUAUGGCAUACAAACAUUAUUCUGGGGCGCAGUAUGUGCCCGGCGCCGGGUCCAGCGUCGCAUCCCAAGAAAGGAUCCGUAGCCUCGAAUACGCAUAUCCGCCACCUAGAGUUGACAGAUACAGGGGUGGUGUGCAGAUACAGAAGAGAAUGACUCAGGAGGACGUUCUCAAGUUCGAGCAGGCCGCAUCCAUCAAGGCCCUGCAGGAGGAACGUCUUCAUAUUCAGAAGAAGACGUUCACAAAAUGGAUCAACUCGUUUUUGUUAAAGCGCGCAUGGAGGGUGGACGAUUUGUUCACCGAUUUAGGGGACGAAGAAUUACUCAAACUAUUAGAGAUCAUCUCCGGCGCGAUUGGCCAACCCAAUAAUGGGCGCAUGCGAGUUCACAAAAUCGAGAACGUGAACAAGUCCUUGGCGUUCCUCCAUACCAAGGUUCGUUUGGAGAGUAUUGGUGCAGAAGAUAUUGUGGACGGAAAUCCUAGAUUGAUCCUUGGUCUCAUUUGGACCAUUAUUCUGAGAUUCCAAAUACAAGAGAUCGAGAUCGAUGUGGACGAAGAGAACGACAGCAGCGAGAAGAAGUCUGCCAAAGAUGCUCUGCUACUCUGGUGCCAGAGAAAAACAAAUGGCUAUCCCGGUGUCAACAUUCAAGACUUUACCGGGUCCUGGAGAAGCGGUCUUGGUUUCAAUGCUCUCAUACAUGCUCAUCGACCAGACUUGGUCAAUUGGUCGGAAUUGCAGCAAAACAAGAACAUCGAUAAUCUCAAUUGUGCCUUCGACGUUGCCAAUUCAGAACUCGGCAUACCGCGACUCUUGGAUGCGGAAGAUGUGGACACGGCCAGACCCGAUGAGAAAUCCAUUAUCACUUAUGUUGCUUCUUAUUACCACACGUUCGCCAGAAUGAAGAACGAGAUAAAGAGCGGCAAGAGGAUAGCGAAUAUCGUUGGCCAAAUGAUGGAUGCAGACAAGAUGAAGGUUCACUACGAGAAGUUAACGACCGACCUUCUCGAGUGGAUCAAAAUGAAGAUCGAGGUCCUGGAAAAUCGCAGUUUCCCGAACUCGCUCGAAGGUAUCCAACGGGAGCUUUUAGCGUUCAAACAAUAUCGCACCGUAGAGAAGCCGCCGAAGUACAAGGAACGAUCCGAAAUAGAAGCAUUGUAUUUUCACAUAAACACCCGGUUAAAAUCUCUGAACCAGCCAGCGUUCACUCCGCAGGAAGGCCAGUUGAUUCACGACAUCGAGAGAAAUUGGGUGGAGUUAGAGAGAGCAGAACACCGUCGCGAGGUUGCUCUGAGAAUCGAGCUGUUGCGACAAGAGAGGCUCGAGCAAUUAAAUUAUAAGUUCGAGCGAAAGAGCGUACUCAGGGAAGGCUAUCUGAAGGAGAUGAUCCAGGUGUUGACGGAUCCUCGAUACGGCAGCAAUUACGCGCAAGUGGACGCGACGGUGAAGAAACACGAGGCCAUCAGUGCCGACAUUGUGGCGCGCGAGGAACGUUUUCACGAUCUAACGAAUAUGUCCGAGGAGCUUGUGCGAGAGAACUAUCAUGGCCUCGAGAGAGUCCGUAGUAGAGAACAAGAGGUGUUGCAGAGAUGGAAAGAGCUGCUGGCUUUACUAGAUCAUCACAAAUCCAAUCUAGUCGCGCUGAGCUCCUUGAUGAGUCUGAUGAGAGAGAUCGAUACGACUCUAGCCUCAAUCCAGGAGCUUCAACUGAACUUCCAGAGUACCGACGUAGGUCCGCAUUUACUAGGAGUUGAAGAUCUUUUACAAAAGCACAGUUUGCAGGAGCUUCAAGUAACGGCUCUGGGCGAAAGCCAGAGGCGACUCGGUAGACAGGCUGCUCAACAUAUUACGGCACAGCCGCAAAGUAAGGAAGUGCCACUGUUGCAGCAAAAACUGGAAUUGCUAAAUCGCACCUACGACGAGCUUAUGGAGAACAGUAAAGAGCGCAAGGCUAGAUUGGAGGAUGCUCGAAACUUUUUUCACUUUCUUCAAGAUCACGAGGACGAGGAGUCGUGGCUAGUAGAGAAGCAACGAAUUUGCAAGGCUGGCAUCUCCGCGAAAGAUCUACGAGCCGUGAUAUCGUUACAGCAAAAGCAUAAGGCCCUGCAGGACGAGAUGAAGGUGCGCAGGCCGAAAUCCGAGCAGCUCUGUGACGCAGGCAGGAAAUUAAUAACCGACAAUCAUCCGUCUGCACUGGAAAUACAAAAUCGAAUAGACUCGUUGCAAGAACAUUGGAGAGUCUUGGAAGAAUUGGCGGCGUUGCGGAAGAAGCAGCUGGACGACGCGGCCGAAGCGUUUCAGUUUUACGCCGACGCGAACGAGGCGGAUUCGUGGAUGAAUGAGAAAAUGGCGUUAGUCGCUUCCGAGGACUACGGAGUGGACGAGCCAAGUGCUCAGGCCUUAUUACAGAGGCACAAGGAUCUGGAAGGCGAAUUGAAUGCUUACAGAGGUGACGUCCAGUCUCUGAAUACCCAGGCGGAGAAACUUAUCAAAUCCGGCAUUUCUACUUUAGAAUUAACCGCCGAUCCGGAACCGGUUGCCGAAUUGGAACAAGAAGAGUGGAGCAAGGAGAUCAGAUUGGUGCCGCAAGAUGAAUGGGUGGACGAGGUAAUUGAACGAAUGGAACCGAGAAUUGUUCAUGAAGAUAGAAUGGUGCCGCAAGUGAAGAGUUUAUAUGCGUUCAACGGCCAAGAUAUACAUAUUGUGAAGGGUGAGGUAAUGUUUCUGUUGAAUAAAACAAAUCACGAUUGGUGGAGCGUUAGAAAAGCCGACGGCACGGAUGGAUUCGUGCCUACCAACUACGUUCGCGAGAUUGAGCCAAAGAUCGUACAAGUGCAGGUACGUAAACUCGAGAAAAUUAAAACGACACAACGUGUGAAGAAGACGAAGAUGGUUAAGCAGGUGGUUCCAGUUCGACGAUUAAAAUCCAUUAAAUCUACCGUGAAACCGAUCAAGCGAAAGACGAUGAGCGAUGGCGACAGCGUGGAGAAACGACAGAAGAAGAUCAACGAUACUUAUAGCGAGCUGCAGGAGUUUGCUGUGAAACGUCACGCAUUACUGGAGGACGCUAUCAGGCUCUAUGGCUUUUAUCGGGAGUGCGACGACUUUGAAAAAUGGAUAAAAGACAAAGAGAAGAUGCUGAGGGUCGAGGAUCCUCACGAUAAUGUCGAGACAGCGAGAAGAAAGUAUGAAAAAUUCUUAACGGACUUGUCGGCUUCCGGAAAACGAGUGGAGGCGAUAGAUGCGGCGGUUGACGAAUUUGUUCGUCAAGGCCACAGUCAACUUGACAAGGUCAAGACCAGACAGAGGCACAUUCAUCAGCUGUGGGAUCAUCUAAACUGGCUGAAAACGCAGAAAGAGAAGAGUUUGGAGGGUGCGUCAAGCGUCGAAUUAUUUAACAGAACCUGCGGUGAGGCUCACGAUUGGAUGUUGGAAAAAAUUACUCAGCUGGACACAGCCGAACUCGGACCUGAUUUGAAGACUGUACAAGCUCUGCAGAGAAGGCAUCAACAAUUAGAACGAGAAUUAGCACCAGUCGAAGAAAAGGUACGAAAAGUAAACUUGUUGGGCAAUAGUGUCAAACAUUCGUAUCCGCACGAAUGUAACAACGUGAAUGUGAGACAAGACGAAAUCGAGGAACUCUGGAAUAAAGUCCAAACGAAGGCCAAAGAUCGACGAUCUCGUUUGCAAGACGCAGUCGGUCAACAAAUAUUUAUGAAUAGCUCGAAGAACCUGAUUAACUGGGCUACAGAUGUACAGGAGACGAUGAAGGCCGAGGAACCAGUCAGAGAUGUAGCCACGGCCGAGCAGCUCAAGAAGCAGCAUAUGGAGCUCGGAGAAGAAAUACGAACCAAAGAAGACGAAUUUUGUGAAGUUGAAAACCUCGCUCGACAGCUGUUACAACGUAAUCCAAAUUUGACGGAUGUACGCGAACGUCUGGAUAAACUAAAUGGAUUAUAUCCGGCAGUAUCGAACAAAUGGAUGACAAAAGAAGAAUGGCUACGACAAUGCCUGGAAUUACAACAAUUUAACCGAGAAGCCGAUCAGAUUGAAGCUACUACUAGUUCCCACGAAGCUUUCCUUGAAUUCACUGAAUUGGGUGAAUCUUUGGACGAUGUCGAGGCUCUAUUGAAACAACAUGAAAAAUUCGAGAACACUCUGCACGCGCAAGAUGACAGAUUGAAGGCAUUUAGCGACACCGCUGACAAAUUAAUUGCCCAAAAUCAUUACGACAAAGAUUACAUCAACGAAAAAAGAAACCAAGUACUAGCCCGUCGUAUGGCAGUGAAGGACGCUGCUCAACGUCGAAGAGCGGCCUUGAAUGCGUCCGAGCAUUACCAACAAUUCUCAGCCGAAGUGGAUGACUUGCGCGGCUGGUUAAGCGACAAGAUGAAGACCGCGGCCGAUGAGAGUUAUCGCGAUUUGAAUAAUCUUGAACGCAAGCUGCAGAAGCACGAAGCUUUCGAACGAGAGUUACGUGCCAACGAAGGACAGUUAAGAACAGUCAACAAAGCGGGCAAGGCGCUGAUAUCCGAAGAAAAUUAUAGAUCGGACGACGUAGGAAUCUUGAAGGAUCUGAAUGAUCAAUGGGAUCGACUCGUAACACUAUCGCUGGAGAAAGGUCGCAGACUGCGACAAGCCUCUUCGCAACACGGAUACAAUCGCACUAUGGAAGACGCCAGGUUGAAACUAGAAGAGAUAGAGAGCUGUUUGCAGAGUAAGCAAGUAGGCAUAGAUCUUCGUAGUUGCAAGGAACUGCUGAAGAAACACCAGAUUCUCGAGAGCGACAUGUGUCAGUGGGAGCAGAAGGUGGACGAUCUCGUAGCCAUGGGUCAGGAAAUGGCGCAUGAAGGUCAUUUCGAUGCGGCGAAUAUCCUGAAGACCAGUCAAGCCACGCAAAAAAAAUUCCGCAGCUUAAAGGAACCGGCUAAGAAACGUCGAGAUGCAUUGGAGGAGAGUUUGCGCUUCCAUAAAUUCGGCUUCGAGUUGGACGCAGAAUUACAUUGGAUCAAGGAUCACUUGCCGCAGGCAUCCUCGACGACGCUCGGACAAAAUCUACACCAGGCCCAGACUUUGCAUAAGAAGCACAAGAAACUGGAAGCGGAGAUCGCCGGUCAUCAGCCUAUGAUAGAUAAGACUUUGACUUCCGGACAGGCUCUUAUUGAUCAGAUUCAUCCGGAGAAAAAGAAGAUCCAAGAACUAUGCGAUAUUUUGGAUGAUGCCUGGAGGGACUUGCAAGAUAAAGCGGGAGAGCGUAGUAAAGCGUUGGAUCUGUCUCUGAAAGCGCAAGAAUUUCUCUUCGAAGCCGGUGAGAUCGAGAGCUGGCUGAACGAGAAAAACGACGUGCUAAGCUCCACCGAUUACGGCAGAGAUCGUGAUGCCGCCACAAAAUUAUUAACGAAACACAAGGCUGUUGAACUCGAAUUGGACACAUACAAUGGCAUCGUGACAGAAAUGGGUCACACCGCUUCUGCGAUGAUAAAUUCGAAGCAUCCUGAUAGCAAAGCAAUAGCCAACAAGCAGCAAGCGAUCGUUCAACAAAUGCGCGCUCUGCAGCGACUAGCUACCGUGAGGCAGCAACGUUUAAUGGAGAGCAUGUAUCGCCAUGAAUAUUUUCUGGAGAGCAGAGAGUUGGAGCAGUGGAUCAAGGAACAAGAACAGACGGCCGCGUCGGAGGACUACGGCCAAGAUUACGAGCAUCUGUUACUGUUACAAGCGAAAUUCAACGACUUCAAACAUCGAAUAGAGGCAGGCUCCGAGAGAUUCAAUCAGUGCGAAGAAUUGGCCAGAAAACUGAUCGCGAACGAAAGUCCUUACAUCCAGGACAUCGAAAAACGUCAAGAACAAUUAGGGGAAUCAUGGCAACAUCUCUUAGGUCUCAUUCAAAAUCGUGAACAGCGAUUGCAAGCAGCAGGCGAGAUUCAUCGGUUUCAUCGCGAUGUGGCUGAAGCGCUCUCACGAAUACAGGAAAAGGAGGCUGCUUUGCCAGAGGAUCUGGGUCGCGAUUUGAAUUCCGUUUUGGCGUUGAUUAGACGUCAUGAAGGCUUCGAGAAUGAUCUAGUCGCACUGGAGGCUCAAUUGCAAGUUCUAGUCGAGGAUGCGUCCAGAUUACAAGCUCAUUAUCCAGGCAACAACGCGACGCACAUCGAUCGGCAGCAACGAAUCGUCGUUAUUCAUUGGGGAAUAAAGAAUAGAUCCGCUCAUCGAAGGGAUCAGUUGCAGGCUAGCUGCGACCUGCAACGAUUCCACGCUCAGGCUAGAGACUUGAUGAAUUGGGCAGCUGGAUUACGCGCUACGAUGUCGACGGAGGAAAAGGUCCGAGACGCGGCCAGCGCGCAGACUUUGAAGGCGGAACACGAUGCUCUGAAAGGAGAAAUCGAAGCGCGCGAGGAAAAUUUCAGUUCGGUACUCGAUCUAGGCGAGGCCAUGGUGCAAACUGGUCACUAUGCCGCUAUAGAUGUCGAAGAAAAAUGCAAUCAACUCUUGGACGAGCGACAGAAGUUGCACACUGCUUGGCAGCAGAAAAAAGUGCAUUUGGAUCAAUUGAUCGACUUGCACUUCUUUUUACGAGACGCCAAACAGCUCGACACUUUAUCCAGCACUCAGGAGGCUGCGCUGAGCGGCGACAACUUCGGGGUCUCCGUCGAGGAGGUAGACGCGCAGAUGAAGAAACACAACGAGUUUGAAAAAUUGUUGGUUACCCACGAAGAAAAACUAACUGCGCUGCAAGAACAUGGAAACAAACUUUUGGCGCAAAAUCAUUUCGAUUCGUCGACAAUCGCCCGGCGAUUGAACGAGGUCAUUCAAAGACGUGGAAAAAUCCGAGACUUGUGCGACGUGCGAAGAAAAAAGUUGGAGGCCAGUCUACUGCACGCGCAAUUUGUCAGAGAUGUGGGUGAGGCAGAAUCUUGGAUCGGCGAGAAGCAGAAGAAAUUGGAAGCGGAAGCGUCAAAAGGCGAGGUCUCCAGUUUGGAAGACAAAAUCAAGAAAUUGCAGAAACAUCAAGCAUUCCAGGCGGAACUGGCGGCAAAUCAAAGCAGAAUCGAAGAGAUUAAAGCAAAAGGAGAGACGUUGCUAGCGCGAAAGCAUCCGGCUAGCGUGGAAAUUCAUCAACAAUUGGAAAAUUUGCAUACGUCCUGGCGGAAAUUGCUGUUGGAAUCUGGAAAUCGAGGUAGUUUGGAGGAGGCUCAAGAUAUCUUGGAAUUUAAUAAUCAAGUGGAGAAGAUCGAGGCCUGGAUCAGAGACAAGGAAAUGAUGGUCCAAGCCGGCGAUACCGGAAAGGAUUACGAGCACUGCUUGAGCCUUCAGAGAAAACUCGAUGAUGUGGACAGCGAUAUGCGAGUGGACGAUUCCAGAAUAAAAACUAUUAAUGCUUUGGCGGAUAAACUUAUAAAACAGGGUCGCGAUAACGAAUCAAAAGCAAUUCAGCAGCGGCGCGAUAACUUUAACAAUAAAUGGAAAGGUUUGCAAGGUGCGCUGAGUAUGUACCGUGAAACAUUAGCAGGUGCAUUAGAGAUCCAUCUAUUUAAUCGGGAUAUAGAUGAUACAAACCAAAGAGUUAUUGAAAAAUCAGUGGCCAUGAAUACGAGCGAUACAGGAAAAGAUCUGCCUGCUGUCGAACAACUACAAAGAAAACAAGAGGCUAUGGAGCGAGAUAUGACGGCAAUAGAAGGGAAAUUAAAAGAGCAUAAGGCAGAGUCACGAAAGUUGUCGCACAAAUAUCCGGACAAGGCAUCCGAAAUAAAUGGAAUACUGUCCGAACUGGAAUCUAAUUGGGACGAUCUACAACGUCUCACUCGACAUCGACGCGAUGCUUUAAAUCAAGCUUAUACAUUGCACAAGUUCCAAGCUGAUCUGCACGAAUUGGACAUUUGGGUGGCCGAUACUAUCAAACGCAUGGACGAAUCCGAACCACCGACUACCAUAUCCGAAGCUGAGGCUUUAUUAGAACUGCAUCAAGAGAGGAAAGCGGAAAUCGACGGUCGACAAGAUGCAUUUAAAGGUCUGAAGGAACAUGGUCAGAAGCUUCUAUCGAUCAAUGAAGAUAUCAAGGAUAAUCUCGAGCAUUUGAAAGAACUCAGACAGACAUUGGGAAAUGCCUGGGAUGAUCGUAGACAGAAAUUGACGCAAGCGCACCAGUUGCAACUGUUCAAGGAGCAAGCCGAUCAAGCUGAUAGCUGGCUGGCGACGAAGGAAGCGUUCCUCAAUAAUGAGGAUCUUGGCGAAUCCCUAUCGGGAGUAGAGACACUGCUGCGUAAGCACGAGGAGUUCGAGAAGAUGCUGAUGUCUCAACUGGGACGUAUCGACGAGCUCGAAAAGUUUGCCAAUGACAUCCUAUCGCGCGAACAUGCGGACUCAGGUAUAAUAAAGCAGCGAAUUGCUUCCGUUUGCGCCAGACGGGACAAGCUAAAGAAUAGUGCGACGGCCAGAAGGAAGAAACUUUUAGAGAGUCAUCAUCUGCACCAGUUCCUCAGAAACAUAUACGAAGUGGAAGGUUGGCUGCACCAGAAGCAACAGGUAGCGAGCGAUGAAAAUUAUAGAGAUUCCUCAAACCUGCAGAGCAAAAUACAGAAGCAUAUCGCGUUUGAGAGUGAAUUGAUGGCGAACAAGGCGAGAAUCUUAUCAGUGGCCAACGAGGGUGAGGCGCUCAUCGAGGAAAACCACUACGCCUCGAAGGACAUACAGGAACGUUUGGACGAGCUGGACGCAGAAUGGAACCAUCUGCAAGGCACCAGCGAAUUGAAGAAGAACCGACUGAACGACGCGUAUCAGGCCUUGUUGUUUGGCCGUAGUUUAGACGAAUUCGAGACGUGGAUGGACGAGGUGGAGACCCAGUUGCAGUCGGAGGAUCACGGAAAAGAUCUUUCGAGCGUGGCGAAUCUGCUGAAGAGACAUACCAAUUUGGAGAACGACGUGCUCGGUCAUAACGAGGCGUGCGAAUCCAUCAAAGAGACAGCCGCUAGCUUCCAGAAGUCGGCUCACUUCAUGCGCGACGAGAUUCAGGAGCGAGCAUCAGUCACGAUAAACAGGUAUCACAGUCUCCAGGAGCCGAUGCAGAUACGCAGGGACAACUUGGAAGACGCAAAGUUGUUGCACCAGUUUGCAAGAGACGUCGAGGACGAGUUACACUGGCUGUCAGAGAAGGAACCAUUAGCCGCGAGCAAUGAUCUCGGAAGUUCUCUUACUACCGUGAAGCGAUUGCAAAAAAAGCAUCAAGCUUUGGAAGGAGAAUUAUUGUCCAGAGAACCUGUAGUAGCUUCUUUGGUUAGUAGAGCAACCGUGAUGAUUCGAAGUGGACACUUUGCGGGAGACAAGAUUGAACAAUUAAUUAAAAAGCUGCAAGAGGAGUUAUCGCAUCUCAGAGAUCUGGCGAGCGUCAGAAAACUGAGAUUACUCGAUGCCGUGGAAUCGCAAACGUUUUAUGCUGAAGCCACGGAAGCUGAGCAGUGGAUUAGAGAAAAACACCCGCAAUUAACGUCAACUGAUUACGGCAAGGACGAAGAUUCCGUGCAGUCUCUGUUAAAGAAACUAGAAGGUAUCGAACGUGACUUGUCCGGUUUCGAAAGCACAAUUGACAACCUAAAGAAGCUAUCACACGGUCUGGUCGAGCGGCAUCACUUUGACAGCAAGAAUAUCGCUCAGAAACAGGCCGAUAUCGAAUUCAAGUUCAAAGAAUUGCAGAAAUUGAAAGAAUAUCGAUUGCAAAGAUUAUCAGAGAGCGAAAAGUUUUACAAAUUUAUCAGACAGGCGGACGAAGUGAUCGAAUGGAUCGGGGACCAAACAACGGUUGCUGCAUCGGAAGACUACGGCCGUGACGUGGAACACGUGGAACUGCUGAUUCAGAUAUUCGACAAUUUCUUAUCCGGAUUGACGACAAGCGAAAGCCGGGUGUCGGCUGUACUUGACGAAGGACAGAGAUUGAUAGAGCAAAACAAUCCCGAGAAGAGCAAGAUAUCUCUUAAGAUCGAAGAAACGAAGCAGCAGUGGGAAGACUUGAAGGAAUUGGCGCACGCUCGGCAAGACGCGCUGGCGGGCGCCAAACAGGUUCACAUGUUCGACAGAACGGCCGACGAGACCAUCUCUUGGAUACAGGAGAAAGAGGUGGCCCUUAGCUCGGAUGGUUACGGCCACGACCUGGAGACGAUUCAGGCUCUGGUGAGGAAGCAUCAGGGAUUCGAGACCGAUCUCGCGGCCGUGAAGGAGCAAGUGGAGUCUCUGACGGAGGAGGCCUCGAGAUUGAUCGAGCUCUUCCCAGACGCGCGUGUACACAUUGAUGUGAAGCACCAGGAGGCCGAAGCGGCGUGGACCGAACUGUUGGAGAAGGCGGCUCAGAGACGAAGCAAACUCGCGCAAGCCGAACAGCUGCAAGCCUAUCUGGGCGAGUACAGGGAGCUGAUAUCCUGGAUAAACGAAAUGGUGGCCAAGGUCACGGCGCCGGAAUUGGCGCGCGACGUUCCCGGCGCUGAGGCGCUGAUCUCCAGGCACAACGAGUACAAGUCGGAGAUCGACACUCGCGAGGAGGCCUUCGACAAGUUUUACCGGAUCGGGCAGAAGCUGAUCGAACAGGGACAUUUUCUCGGGAAAGAGAUCGAGGAUAAGAUAUCGGCACUGCAACAGCGUCAACAGAUCUUGAAGGACACGUGGCAGCAACGGAAACUUAUUUACGAGCAGAACUUGGAUACGCAGCUGUUCAAGAGGGACGCCGAAAUUUUGGAAAACUGGAUAGUCAACAGGGAACCGAUGUUGUACGACGAUAAAUUUGGAGAGAGUAUCUCGCAAGUGGAGGAGUUGAUCAGGAAACACGAGGAUUUCGAGAAGACCAUAGAAGCGCAGGAAGAAAGAUUCAGCGCGCUCAAGCGAACAACAAUGCUGGAAGAAGCCUUCCGGAAACAGCAAGAAGCGGAAAUGGCCGCGCGCCAAGCGGAAAAAGAACGUGCGGAACGUGAACGAAUUGCGGAACGAAAGCGUAAAGAGAUACAGAGGAUAACCGAAGAGCGAAAACGCGAAGGGGAACGUAGGCGAUUGUUAGACAAUUCUCAUCGCGCUCAACACGAUGAGAUUAAUGGAUCUGUCGACGAACACGAAUCUGUGAAUAUAUUAGCUCCGCUGAAGGGUGCUACUUCCGAAACAGCAGAACCCGCGAUACCUCAGAAAUCUCAUGGUUUAUCGCACGUAUUUGGCGAAAAAUUAAGACGAGCAACUUCGGAUAUCAAGAGAGCCGAAAGCAUGAAAGUGGAUACGAAGAAGCCAAAACGGACCCCGAGCUUCACGACUAGACGAAGAACGCAAAGUUUCAGAAAACUGCAACGAAUGGAGAAUAUGGACGCGUUGCGGCCGGUCGAAAUUCAAGGUUUUCUCGAACGAAAGCACGAGCUUCAGAGCGCCGGCAAAAAAGCAGCAGUUCGAUCGUGGAAACAAUAUUACACCGUACUAUGCGGGCAACUGCUGUGCUUCUUCAAGGACGUGGAAGAUUUCUCGUUGAGCAAAGCCGCUACUGCUCCGAUAACGAUUUUCAAUGCCGUGUGCGAAAAAGCGGAAGAUUACACGAAGAAGAAGAACGUGUUCCGAUUGAAGUGUACGGACGGCUCGGAAUUUUUAUUCUUAGCUCCGAGUCAGCAGGAGAUGGAAGACUGGGUUAACAAAAUUUCGUUCCACGCGAAACUACCACCGAGUCUGCAGCUCUUAAGCUACGACGAGUCUCAGAAGCAAGAAGGUUUGGAAAGGCUGCAAAGCUCGGCACUGGAUCACGUGGACGACAACGUGUCGACCGGAAGUAGUCGCGUUUCUACACCGGAGAUGGAACGCAAGAACUCUGUAAUCAGGCGUGAUCCCACGUCGUCGAAUCAGCAUCACUCAUCGAGCAACGUGCAGAUAGAGUUCCUGCAGACCCAUCGGCAGAAUCAGCAACGACGCAACGACGCACAGAAUGCCGAUGCAUUCCUCGCGUCGCAGAGAUCCGAGCCGCAGACUCAAACUGAGUUUCUGCAGAUGCAUAGGCAACAGCAACUGCUUGCGCAACAACAAUUGAUGCAGCAGGAACAGCUGGCGGCUCAGCGGGAUCAGUAUCAACACAAUUCCGCGAUGCUGGAAACCGAUAAACCACCCAUACCGCCGCGAGGAGCUCCUCCACCUAUUCCCAUGAGAACACCGAGUUCAGAAAAUAUGAUGCAAUAUAGGCGCAAUGAUGUGGAACACCAUAUGCAACAAGGAAGACCUGUUUAUCAACAACGCAGUGCAACGUUAAAUCAUAAUGGAUCUGGCCAGUAUUCAUCAAAUGAGCCAACAACAUGGCAUAGACAAAGUAGCGUGGAUCUUCCUCCGCAACAUCAAGAAUUAGCACCUCCAUUGCCAUUGAGUGCCCCUCCGCCGACUAGAAUGACUCAGUGGAACAUUCCUCAGCAUCUUGCAUACGGGAAUGUACCAGUAAAUAUUAGACAAGGUAUGCAGCAACAAAAUAACACCUACACCAGUAGACCGACCUCGUUGCCGCCUUACGUCGCUCCGCCAGCAGCUCCGCAAACGUCUCCCUCAAAUAUCACAGUGGUGGAUGGCGUGAGAAGAACCUCAGAAAGCGGAUCGGAAAGCGAGCAAAGCUCAGGCGGCAGUCGCAAAGAUCGCGAUUACAAACGAAGUUCCGUGUUGAGCAAUUUAUUCGGAAGACGUAAAAAACCUUCUCAAUCGUAACGCUGAUUCCAAAAGCUCCUUCGAAGCGCAUUUAUGUAACUACGAUCUUUGUAGUCAUUUCAUACGAGUUAUUACUUACUUAAACGUAAUGCAAAAAGUGCGAUCUUUCUCGUAUAAAAUAAACGACGAAGUUCCUUGAAAAUAUCA